AUGCCCGCAUCAUCAUCACCCAAACUCAAGCCCAAGCGCUCGCACCCCUGGUCCAUGCACCCGCUCAUGGGCGGUGGCCGCUCACGCACUCCCUCCCCCUCUCGCCGGAACAAGACAGCACUCAUCGUGAUCGACAUGCAGGUUGGAGUCGUCAAGACCUGCGUCGACGUGCAAGGCGUUAUGGCGCACAUCGGGUCUCUUGUGCAGCGUGCCCGCGAAGCCGGGGCUCCCGUCAUUUGGGUGCAGCACGAGGACGAGGUUCUUGUCCGCGACACAAUGGAGUGGGCACUAGCACCAGGCCUUCCACCCCCGCUGGACGAGGAAGUACGUGUCCACAAACGCUUCCGCGACAGUUUUACUGCGCCCGAGCUCGAGAGCGAAUUACAUUCGCGCGGCGUACACCAUGUCGUUAUCGUCGGUGCGCAGAGCGACUACUGCGUCCGUACUGCAGCCCAGAGCGCCGCAGUUCGAGGGUAUGCGGUCACGGUACCGCGCGACGCUCACACGACCGAGGACGCCGAGUUUCGCGGCACAAAGAUCCCAGCGCAGCAGAUUGUGCAACACACAAAUGUGUACUUUAACGACUUUGAGUAUCAGCCCGGCGUGUGGUGCGGCAACGUCGCUUCGGACGAGGUUCAGUUUGGACAACGCCCAUAG